ACUGACGCAGACAUCAUGUUAUUGUCAUGAGAACAACUCAACGCUGUCUGUUUGUUCACAACCGUUAUGGUGACAUUGACUGACAAGCUAGCUGGUGAAAACAUCAACACUGAUCUCAGCUCGUGAACUCCAGAGGUGAUCUAACGUAUGGUAAUUUUGUGGAUAAUCUCCGUCUGUACGUCCGUGGAGGCAGUGGGGGCAUGGGUCUUCCCCGUCUUGGGGGACAGGGAGGGAAAGGGGGAGAUGUUUGGGUGGUGGCUACAAAGAACAUGACCUUGAAGAGGAUCAAGGACAAGUACCCCCAGAAACGAUUUAUAGGUGAAGCAGGAGCCAACAGCAGUGUCCGAGCACUGAAAGGAGAGAAGGGGAAGGACAUGGAGAUCUUGGCUCCUAUUGGUAUCACAGUCACAACUGAUGAUGGCAAAAUAGUUGGUGACAUGAAUACUGAGGGUGAUCGUCUGAUGGUGGUGAAAGGAGGACCAGGAGGCACCUUCCACUCUGCUUUUGAGCCCAGUAAGGGCCAGACCAAACACAUAAGGCUGGACCUCAAACUUAUCGCGGACCUGGGCCUUGUUGGGUUCCCUAAUGCAGGAAAGUCCUCUCUUCUGACUGCCAUGUCUAACGCCACACCUCAGAUUGCCAACUACUCUUUCACAACUUUGAAGCCAGAGAUCGGUAAAGUGAUGUAUGAAGAUUACAAACAGAUUUCUGUUGCUGAUCUCCCAGGCCUGAUCGAGGGGGCUCACAUAAACAAAGGCAUGGGUCACAAGUUCCUAAAACAUGUUGAGAGGACCAAGCAACUUUUGUUUGUGGUAGAUGUUUGCGGUUUCCAGCUGGCAAGUAAAACACCGUUUAGGUCUCCCUUUGAAGCUGUUCUACUUCUCACCAAGGAAUUGGAGUUGUACAAAGAGGAGCUUGUAUCGAAGCCUGCUUUACUGGUGGUGAACAAAAUGGACCUGCCUGAUGCUGAAGACAAACUAGCAGAGCUGAAGGAGCAACUACAAAACCCAGAUGAGUUCUCUCAUCUGUUGCCUGAUGACAUGAUACCGAAAAGCUGCAUAACCUUCAGACACAUUGUUCCUGUCUCUGCCUCCACUGGGUUUGGGGUCGACCGUUUGAAAAGGUGCAUCCGGGAAUCGCUUGAUGAAGACUCAACAAUGGCAACUAAAGCCAUCCAUCAAGACAGACUGCAGGCUCUGAGGUGCCACUCGCAUCAGCAUUUGUGAUGUACACAACAUGCAUUUCUUUGAGACCUACAGUGGAUGAUGGUGGAUGACGCAAAAUUAAAAGUAGUUCUACUUGAA